AUGGGACUGAACGGCGACGAGAUUGCAAAGCACAAUAGUGCCGACUCCUGUUGGGUCAUUGUUCAUGGCAAAGCCUACGAUGUAACGGACUUCUUGCCGGAACACCCCGGCGGCUCCAAGAUCAUUCUCAAGUAUGCCGGCAAGGACGCGACGGAAGAGUUCGACCCCAUCCACCCGCCAGACACGCUGGACAAGUACCUCGAGCAGUCCAAGCACCUGGGCCCCGUCGACAUGACAUCCGUGGUGGCGGAAGAGAAGGAGGAGGACCCCGAGGAGGCGGAGCGCCUCGAGAGGGUCGAGCAGAAGCCGCUGCUGUCUCAGUGCUACAACCUGAUGGACUUUGAGGCCGUCGCGCGCAGGAUCAUGAAGAAGACGGCAUGGGGUUACUACUCGAGCGCCGCCGAUGAUGAGAUUACCCUCCGAGAAAACCACAGCGCCUUCCACCGCAUCUGGUUCCGCCCGCAGAUCCUCGUCGACGUCGAAAAAGUCGACUUCAGCACCACAAUGUUCGGCGCAAAGGUCGACAUGCCCUUCUACGUCACCGCGACCGCCCUCGGCAAGCUGGGCCACCCCGAGGGCGAGGUCCUCCUCACGCGCGCCGCCCGCAAGCACAACGUCAUCCAGAUGAUCCCGACGUUGGCAUCGUGCGCCUUUGAUGAGAUGAUGGACGCCGCCGAGGGCGACCAGGUGCAGUGGCUGCAGCUGUACGUUAACAAGGACCGCGAAAUCACAAAGAAGAUUGUCGAGCACGCCGAGAAGCGCGGCUGCAAGGGCCUCUUCAUCACCGUCGACGCCCCGCAGCUCGGCCGCCGCGAGAAGGACAUGCGCUCCAAGUUCACCGACCCCGGCGCCAACGUCCAGUCGGGCCAGGCCACCGACCAGUCCCAGGGCGCCGCCCGCGCCAUCUCGUCCUUCAUCGACCCCGCCCUCUCGUGGAAGGACAUUCCCUGGUUCAAAUCUAUCACCAACAUGCCCAUCAUCCUGAAGGGCGUCCAGCGCGUCGAGGACGUCAUCAAGGCGAUCGAGGCCGGCGUCCAGGGCGUCGUCCUGUCCAACCACGGCGGUCGCCAGCUCGACUUUGCGCGGUCCGGCGUCGAGGUGCUGGCCGAGACGAUGCCGGUGCUGAGACGCAUGGGUCUCGAGAACGCCAUUGAGAUUUACAUUGACGGCGGCGUCCGUCGCGCUACCGACAUCAUCAAGGCGCUCUGCCUCGGUGCCAAGGGCGUCGGCAUCGGCAGGCCGUUCCUGUACGCCAUGGCCGGCUACGGGUUCGAGGGCGUCGACCGCGCCAUGCAGCUGCUUCGCGACGAGAUGGAGAUGAACAUGCGUCUCAUCGGCUGCACGAGCGUCGACCAGCUCAACCCCUCGCUUCUUGAUACGCGCAGUCUCUUCAACCACGGAUCAACGCCGUCGGAUAACCUCGGCCUAGCCAUCUACGAUCCGCUUGCGACGCCCACGCAGAGGCCCAAGGUGCCGAAGCCUUCGAAGCUGUAG